GCUGUGUCGCGGGCCGAAGUUUUCCACUACGCUUUAAGUUUCAGUCUUUAACUUUAUUGUGUGGAGUACAGUUUAACAGGCCACGUGCUCGUUAUAGAAAUCUAGUCAAACCCGUUUGGUUGCAUUAUUUUGAUCUCCAGGCAACGUCAUGUGAAAUAUUAUUAGCCAUUAAACCAGGCGUUAGUCUUUUAAAAGCCUAAAGGGUGGUGUAUGAUCUUUUUUUUGGUGUGACAAUAUUCUGGGUUUAACGUGCUCUGAGAUGGAGUCCGCAGAACCGGCUGAAGUUCAGAAAAUUCGGGCGAACUAUGACAAAGCGCUACAAUGCGUCAAAACGGGGCUUCAAUACGAUGAGAUGGGAAAUAAAGCACAAGCUCUCAUUAUGUACAGACGGGGCAGGCAGCAUCUCGCCAGUGGGCUGGAGGUUAACACCCAAGGCAACGACUGUGUCGGACCCAGCUGGGACUUUGCGCGACAGACGCAGCUGAAGAUGUACAAGACCUUGAGCACCAUCAAAACUCGUCUAACGUCGCUGGAGUCUACACCGACCCAGGGUCAGCGACUUUAUCCGGCUCUUCCUAUCCUACAAGACCCCCAGCCUCUACCUAACAACAGAAGUCAUCUACCAGGCAACCAGAUCUCAAGUUCAGGAGGGGUCCCUGCUCUUCCUGCCUCACCUGUGGCGGGUCUUGCUGUUCCUAGUGAGCUUCCACCACCACCAGAUUACACCCAACAACCAACAGAGGGACAUUUGUCAAUCUCUCAUGGAGGGUCAUAUCAAUCUGUUCCAAACCAGAUACCCCAACGUCAGGCUGUUGCCCCUGUUAAUGUUAGAGAGGCUGGAAUGGAGAUUUUGUUAGUGCCCAGUGGGGUGCAGAUGUUUUUUGUUUCUGCUGAGGGCCAUGUCAGUGCCCCCUCUUAUCCAGGGUACCUGCGACUUCUAUUAUACAGGAACCAGAACGCUCACGGCGGUGCCAGCUAUGCCCCAGCAUACCUACAGGUAUGUGAUUGGAUCUACCCGCUGUACCCAGACUCGCCUGUUUUUCUGAGCAACAAAGGUGUUUUUACAUUUCCUGACAUCACAGCAGCAGUACCAGGGUCGUACGUGGGGGUGGUACUGUCCUCAGAACUGCCCGCAGCAGACAGAGCUUUAUUUCAGGAGCAACUGUCAUUGCUGUCACAACUCAGAGUCCAGGUUGAUGAUGGAUCAGUUGGAGCCACAGGGACAGACAAAAAGGUUCCUAUUGGUGCUCCUUCAGAAGCAUCUGUAGGACCAGAAGGGGAGGUUAAAACUAUUCCUGGUUGGAGUGAAUUAAUUUCACAGAGCAUUUUAACAGGAACCUCUUGGCUGAGUCAGGGGCUCGUGCGAGGAGCUGAAGCUACAAGUAAAGCCAUCAAUAAAGGAGGAACCUGGGUGCGAGAAAACACAACUCCAGAAGAGACCCCAGCGGAGGUCAGCCCCGCGGUUGCCAAAAGCCUAUAUGCAGCCAGACAGGCAACCGUUGGUGCUGUGAAAGUAAGCCAGUAUCUAGUGGAUGGUGUCGCUACUGUGGCUAGUAAAGUUGGGAAGGAACUUGCUCCUCACAUAAAAAAACAGGGCAACAAACUUAUUCCAGAAACCCUCAAGAAAAAUAAAGAUGGCACAUCCACAGUGGACGGAGCCAAACUAGUGGCAGGAACCAGCAUACAAGGUUUAUCCACUGUCUGGUCCAGUCUGGAGACGGCAGCCAAAACGAUAGGCAAAAGUUUAACAUCAGAAACUGUCUCUACUGUGAGACACAAGUACGGAGACGAGGCAGGGCAGGCCACAGAUACUGCAGUUCAGUCGGCUGUCAAUAUAGGUGUGACAGCCUUUAAUGUGGACAACCUGGGCAUCAAGGGUUUAAUGAAGUCCACAGGCAAGCAGACUGCAAAAGCAUUGGUUAUUCCCAAAUCGGAAGCAGAGAAAAGCGAGAUGGAAGACAAGUCAGUUAAGAAAGAACAAUAUGAGAAAAAAUAAUCUAAUCUGGAUAUUUUAUUAAAAUUGUGAUGACAGAAAAUUGUAGAUUUUUUGUGAUGUCAUAAUACUUCGUUUAAAAGAGAUAUGGUUGUACUAUUUAAUAUGACAUUUACUGUACAGUUUUUACAGAAAUAUGCGCUUAUGUAUUGUCUAAGAAAAUGUUAUAUCCCUUUCUUCAGCCUUCCUUAAAUUUAUUUUAUUUUUCUUAAGAUAUAGUAUAAAUUCUAAAGAUUUAUGAAUCCAUGUUUUAUUUGUUAAGAAUGAUAUUUAUAAAACGAAAUGACAACAAAUGCAGUGUAUCUAAUGCAUUUU